GAAUUUUUGUUGGGAUUGCAUUUCCCAGUUUCCUCUAUCCUCCACUGCGUCUGUGAGCUGGUUUGUCGCCACAAUGCCUUCUUCUGCCUCUCCGAUUUAUUUGGAAACUAUUUUUUGCUUUGGAAGUAGCAAUUACUCUAGCUUUGGGGCUUGCAGAAAAUCAAAUAUUUGCAUCUCCCAGAAAAGGAGGACUAAAGAGCCAAGGAAGCAGCAAGAUGAGAGAAGAAUGAUAGGAAACAGAAGGUUGGCUGCAAGGAAAGAUAUGCUAACACCUAGUUCAUUGGUAUCUCCAGAAGUUAGUCCUCCUCCAUUAGUUAGUGCAUUAAAGGUUUCAGCUGAACAAAAUGUUGCUAGCUUUCACUUCCCUGGACAUAACAGAGGACGGGCUGCACCAUCAUCAUUAACUCAGCUCAUUGGUACAAGACCAUUCCUUCACGACUUACCAGAGCUUCCAGAGCUGGACAAUCUCUUUUCUCCAGAGGGUUCAAUUUUGGAGGCACAGGCACUAGCUUCCAAAUUGUUUGGAGCAUCAGAGACAUGGUUUCUUGUUGGGGGUACCACUUGUGGAAUUCAAGCUGCAAUUAUGGCUACCUGUUCCCCAGGUGACUCUCUCAUACUCCCUCGGAAUUCCCAUAUAUCAGCAAUGUCUGCUAUGGUAUUAUCUGGUGCACUGCCAAAGUUCAUCAGCCCUCAGUAUAACUUUGACUGGGACAUUGCUAGUGGUGUCACUCUGUUACAGGUGGAGAAAGCAAUCAAGGAGUUGGAAAAGGAAGGUCAAAAAGCUGCUGCAGUUUUUGUCACUUCCCCUACUUACCAUGGAGUGUGUAGUGAUUUGAGUAGGAUUUCUCAGGUGUGUCAUUCUCAUGGAAUUCCGUUGAUUGUUGAUGAGGCUCAUGGAGCUCACUUGGGGUUUCAUCCUAGCCUGCCCAAGUCAGCUCUACAGCAGGGGGCUGAUCUGGCUGUGCAGUCCACGCACAAAGUUCUCUGCUCUCUUACACAGUCAUCAAUGUUACAUAUGUCGGGAAAUAUUGUAGAUAGAGAGAGAAUAUGCAGAUGUCUUCAGAUGCUUCAAAGCACCAGCCCCAGUUAUCUGCUUUUAGCAUCAUUGGAUGCUGCUAGAGCUCAAAUAAGUGAUAGACCUGCAAUUAUUUUUGACAAAGCAAUAAAAUUGGCUGUUGAAGCAAAAAAUGCAAUUGAAGAUAUUCCGUGUAUUUCAGUACUUGACAAUCUAAGCUUCUCUGAUUUUCCUGUCAUUGAUCCCUUGCGACUUACUAUAGGUGUAUGGCAACUUAGCUUAUCUGGAUAUAAAGCAGAUGAAAUCUUAGAUAGGGACCAUGGGGUCAUCUCAGAGCUUGUUGGGACUCAAUCUAUUACAUUUGCAGUAAAUCUUGGAACCUGUAGAGAUCAUCUUCAGAGGCUUGUCUUGGGAAUAAAUUGUUUAUCUGCAAGUUCCAUUCCAGCUAAAGGGGUGGAAGAGAGGAUGGAGGCCAGUCAGUAUGUCCUUUUUGCUGAUGUUAGCAUGAGCCUGAGUCCAAGAGAAGCUUUCUUUGCGAGUAAAAGAAGAGUGAACAUUAGAGAGAGCCUUGGCGAGAUAUGCGGGGAGCUGAUAUGUCCAUACCCACCAGGGAUUCCUGUUCUGAUGCCUGGUGAAGUUAUUACAGAGAGAGGCUUGGAUUAUUUGCUUCAAGUUAGAAGCAAAGGUGCUCUUAUUAGUGGAGCUUCUGAUUCUCUACUCUCAUCUAUAGUUGUCUGCAAUGUGUAAUUCAUGGUUGGGGGGAUACUCAUGAAAAAAAUGCAUCUGGACUUUCAAUUCAUUUAGCUCAAUUAAUGGAAUAAGAGCAUCAUAUAGGAAGGUAUGGCCAAGUUUCUUUGAAUAUGUACAGAUAUUGGAGAAGUUGGCAACUGCAAAUAUACAACACCAAUUUUUACAACCUUCGCACCUAUUCCACACACAUCCUGGAGAUGGGAGAUAUGUAUGGGCUUUCUUAGGGCUCUAAUCACUAAAGCUUCACACUGGUCCAUUGCAACUUCCAUGGCUAAGCUCCAACUCAAUGUUGGUAAAAAAGGGCAUCCCUGUGCACAAAGCUCCAACUCAAUGUUGGCAAGUAAAAGGAAAAUCCCAUAAGUAGUCUUCUGCAUUGCAAAUGUUGAAAAUCACUCCAUGGUAUGCAAGAGAAAAUUACAUGAAAAGAGUCUUGCCAUGGAGUUGAACAAAUUCUGGUUGAAAUUUAUUUUCUCAAUCAAUGAGAUCAUGGACAACAGCUGCAGAACAAGAUAUAUGGUAUAAAUCAGAGCUUUAUCUAUAUGUGGUAGUAUAUGUAGGGGAAGAGAGCUAGCUAUGGAGCAGUCAAUUGCCACCAUACUUGGUGCGAUCUCAACUCCAUGGCUGGCUACUUUUUUGUACUCCACUCUUCCAAUGCCAAUUGAUUGAGGGCAAGUUUAGAUACCCCACUAUUGAAAUCGGUAAAAAUAUAUGAUUUACUCAUUUUAACCAGUACAUUCUCUCUUCAAAGUAUUGUGGGCUUUGGAUUAAUAGCAUGUUCCAUUUUUCUUUUGACGUCCCAUUUUAUAAUGCUUUCUUAGUUGUGGGGAGGUGUUACCGAUGGAAAGAUCUGGUCAGUUAUGGUUAAACCAUUAUGCAACUGCUGUUCUUUGAGGGUUAGCUUUGAGAUUAUUCCUUUUAUGUAUUUUUUGGUGUUGAUGGUCAUUAUUGGAAACUCCUAGUGUGUGCAUUCAAGUACGAGCAGCACGUGAAAUGUCAGCUUAAAUAUUCUAUGGAAUCGGGAAUAUUGGGAUCAUUGAUACAUCUACGCAAUAUGGACAAUAUGAUAAAGGACAAUGUCUACAGAUAACAUGCAAAUACUGACAAGUCCAAGUUACACCAUUGGGAAAAUACUGAUUGGUCCAAUUCAAUAUUCAUGAAUGAUGCAGAUUACAAUAAAGGCUAAUCAUGGACCUUAAUCUUUCCAUGCACCAGGGAAAUUUGGGAAGAAGUGGUUUAAGGGCCCGAGGUGACACCAAAAACCAGUAAACUGGCUGGAGGUAAAACUUUUGGGGAGCCAAAGCCUCUACUGCUGAUUACUUAAAGAGUUGCUCCUGGUCUGCCAGCACCCAGAAGGUAUUUCUUGCUUUUGACAGUUUUACCUCUUCAUGCAGAUAUAUCUAGACAUUUAAUGCUUUAAAGUGAAGUUCUACACAUGCCAAUGAGUGAAUCCAGGCAUGCUAGUUCAUAUGGAUCCUGUGACACAAGUGCUAAGCUGCUAACUGACCUCUUCAUGCUGCCUCUACAAGUUUAUGCUCCUAACGUGCCUGCUUGCCUGACCUUCAUGCCAAUGUUGACCUGCCAAAGCACUUCAAAAGCUCUAAUCCAUUUUUAUCUAUCAAAUUUUCAUAUGGCUUGGAUGCUUAUGUACUUGUGUGAGAAAGAGGGGUUUGAUUGAGUUUAGAUGCAGAAAGGGAAGGAUAAACCUAGAAAAAACUUGGAUUAGGGUAUCAAGAAAAAGAACAUUACAGUUUUCUACUUUGGAAGUUGGUUUUGUUUAAGGAGAAAGGAGGAUUUUCAAGAGGAGCAUCUGCUGACAACUGAAAUAAAUUAUUUACUAUUUAUCAUUUUCUUGCUUUUCUUU